AGCAAACUCAUAGUAUUCCUUCAUACAUCAGAAUAUCGUCGUACAAGAUGCGAUCAGCAGCCCUUCUCACAGCUCUCUUGGCGGGCCAGGCCUUUGCUUACCCAAAGCCGGUCAUUCAGUCCACCAGCAAGCGGGGCUGGCCUUCAAUCAACGCUUUCCUCACUGAGAUUGCGAAGAUUAUGCCUAUUGGUGAUACCAUCACGGCUGCUUGUGAUCUCAUUGGAGAUGGUGAAGAUAUUGCUGCCGAUCUCUUCGGUAUCGACAACACGGAGAACGAAGCCUGUGGCGACGUAACCGUUGUGUUUGCUCGCGGUACUUGCGACCCUGGCAACGUCGGAGUGCUUGUCGGACCAUUUUUCUUCAAUUCGCUACAAAACGCACUCGGUAGCACAUCUCUUGGUGUUCAAGGAUUUGACUACCCUGCGAGUGUUCAGGGCUUCCUGUCUGGAGCGGUCCAGCCAGGCAUUGACUUGGCCAGCAAAAUCACCUCUGUCACACAGAGCUGCCCGAAUACUAAGCUUGUGGUUGGUGGCUACUCCCAAGGUAGCUUGGUCGUACACAAUGCAGUGGGCCACCUGGACGCAGCAACCGCGUCCAAAAUCAGCGCGGUGGUGCUUUUUGGAGAUCCAAGGGACGGACAGGCUCUCCCCAACGUUAGUGCUUCAAAGGUUCUAACCGUUUGCCACGAUGGCGACAACAUCUGCGCUGGUGGAGAUAUCAUUCUGCUUCCUCACUUGACUUAUGCUGAGGACGCAGAUAGCGCCGCUGCCUUUGUUGCACCUCUUGUUUCAUAAAUCACAUGUAUUAUUGCCGUAUGAAAACUUUGAAAGCGAAAAAAUGGGGCGUAGGAAAAUUACGCAGUGUAUAUAGUGGAGUGUUCGGCAUUUUGAGCAGUGCCGCUGAUGAUAAUGUACAUAAGCAAGCGUUAUGCGAUUCAAUACGAAUUACUUG